GCUGUGCUUUUAGUCCCAACUCGCUACAGGGUCGUAGUGGAAACUCUCUGAAGACUAAAGCAGUCCAGCCGCAACUUCAUCACCCACGUUUCUUCCACACAUCAUGUUCUGAAGAUAUGAUUCGACUUUCGAGUUUCUUAUCACACUCUAGAUGGGUUCACCACAGCCAGCCACAACCUCCAGCUUCAGGUUUGCGUGGUUCAAUUGACUUUCUAUUCGUAAAUUAGAGGUAAAGAAGCGGACGUGUGAGAAGUAUAACUAGACGAAGAGUUUCCCCAUGAGCAAAUGCUUUUUGACUACCUAUAAGAUACAACUCUCAACAGCAAAUCCGAAUACUUCAAACGAAUCUUAUUUUUUUCCAUUUUCAAUCUUGUCUAUUCCAUUCCAGAAUGGCUCAAACUCAGACCUUCAGCCUUUUGCAGGAUGCCGUUGCCAAGACCCAGCAGCAAGCAGUCCUGGAGUCCGACAUUCAGGGACUACACGACCACAUUCUCACCCAGCCAGGAGGAGAGGGAAAGCUUCGGCUUCUGGCUGAAAGCGUCAGCUCGCCUGUUACAACCAUGGCCACAAACGGUGCUGGCGCAUUCAAAUCCAAGAUGAGCGCUACAGGCUCUCUGAUUAACCUCUGGUUCUACCAGCGCGUAACCGUCAAAGUCAAUGUCAACGGGAGGGAUAGACAGUUUACCGCAAACCUUGGCGGGCUCUCGCCGGGCUUUCCGGGUGGUGCUCUUUUUGGAGACCUCUACUACGAUGAUAUUAAUGAUGUCGGUGGCGACUACACCGUUCAAGCUGGCUCCAUCGGACCAUGGUACUCGGUUCAAUUCUUCCGGAAUAAUACACUCAAGAUGUCGUUCCAGGCUGGUAACGUGGGAUGGUCCACUGGGGUAACUGGCGGCACCGGGUCUUGGGACUAGCACUUCAUGUAGUAAGCAGAGGCUGGGAGCACUCUUAGUGUUUUCAAGCACAGAACAAACGCUAGCUUUGAUAGGAGGGUAUGAUGCUUGAGUCUUUUCGCACCUUCAUUGAUGCGUAAUAUACUUUGAUUCACUGCGUCUAUCUAGAAGAUGUCCAUCAGGCGGCCAAUUUCCUCGAGUGUAGCAUCACACCCCUCCGUAGACAUUGAUACGCCAAGAAGUACACCGUCGAGGUGCAUGAUGACCUUGUGCUUCUUGGAGACUUCGGUAAUCUUGUCUGGCUCUGUCCUGUUUUGCAGGGGGGCUUCGCUAUGUGCGGGUAGUGAGAGUUGCCAUUUUACGCCUGCUUGGUCUCAGCCACUGUUAAACUGCCUUACACUGGCAGCACUAUGAUCAUCGUGUAGCCUAAUGCUGUAUUCAUCCCUAUACUGCACGUGUAGAUUGUCAUGAUGGCAAAGCAAGAGCAGAUGUUGUAGAAGGU